CUACAGGAUAUGAUAAAUGAAGUGGAUGCCGAUGGUAAUGGAACGAUUGACUUCCCAGAAUUUUUAAAUCUAAUGGUGAGGAAGAUGAAAGACACUGAUUCUGAGGAGGAGCUGAAAGAGGCGUUUAGAGUUUUUGACAAGGACCAGAAUGGUUUCAUCUCCGCUGCUGAACUACGCCACGUGAUGACUAACCUUGGGGAGAAGUUUACAGACGAAGAAGUUGAUGAAAUGGUCCGGGAGGCCGGUGUCGAUGGUGAUGGGCAAAUCAACUAUGAUGAGUUUGUUAAGGUUAUGAUGGCUAAGUAAUAAUUCCUCACC